CAGAGCGUCCCCGAGUCCCCGCCUGCCUGCUUGCACUUGUCAUCUCUCGCACCUGGAGCCCUAAUCUCGUCCAUACCAACAUCUUCAUUUUACUUUAGCCUCCUAGACUUCAACAGUUUGAUUUAGACGUGUUUGGUUGCGGUCGAAGAUGCUGGCUUGUACAGAGAUGAUCACUAUGUGCCUGCAGUCGGCCAAACAGAAGCAUCUUCGGGCUCAGCAGCAACAGCAGCCGCCGCACAAUGCCGGACAGGGGCUUACUAUUUUUCAUGAUAUUUUCCGCAGAGCAGACAAAAACGAUGAUGGCAAGUUGUCAUUUGAAGAGUUUAAUACUUACUUUGCUGAUGGGAUCCUGACUACUGAGGAGCUACAGGAGCUUUUCUAUUCCAUAGAUGGCCAACAGAAUAACAAUCUGGACACUGACAAGCUAUCAGACUAUUUUUCUCAGCACCUUGGAGAGUAUCUUAAUGUCCUUUCAGCUCUGGAGAGCCUGAAUAUUGCCAUCUUAAAGGCAAUGGAUAAAACUAAAGAGGAGUACCAAGGUGCCAGCGUGUUGGGUCAGUUUGUCACCAGAUUCAUGCUAAGGGAGACAUCCAGUCAGCUGCUUUCUUUACAGAGGUCCCUGCAGUGUGCCAUGGAGGCUGUGGAAGAGCAGAGCAGCCCUGCCCCGAGAGAAGUAAAGGCGCCAGAGCUGACAGCAAUACAGAGAAAUGGCAGGCGCUGUGGUCGUAGGGUCCAUAAUAACCUGUGCCUCUCUCCAUCAGAUCCCUGCACUGGCAUCUUGACCAUGGGUGUCAACAUGGAAGAUGGAGAGAACUGGUGUUCUCAGAUCAAUAAGCUGCAGCAACUUUUGGAUAAACUGGAGUGUCAGGUAGGAGAACUUUCCUUAUUGUGUGAAUCCACAUUAUUGUCAGAUUACAAAACAAAUAUCCUGCUGGUUCAGAGGCAGAUGUCAGUGACUGAUGUCAAUCUGGACAAUUUCCGGAAAGUUCUAAAGAGCUACCUUGACGCCACCUCAGCUCACUCUGACAACAUGCAUGUGUCCGUUCAGAAGCUCCCAGGAAAGUCGUGUUACAUAAUGUAUGAGUUCUGGCAAGACCGCCUCUCCUGGAUGAGCUAUCUUCAGUCUAACAGCAGUAAAGACUUCCAACGCUGCAUUAUUGAUAUGUUGGAGGAUGCUGAAGUAGUGUCCACUAUGUUGCUCCCAGCUUCCUGGUGGAUUAUGACUAACAACUAGCAACUAAAUCCAGAAUGUCACAUCUACUGCCUACACUGUCACACGGACAAAGGCACGCUGGCGCAUCAACCCACCCACCCACAUGUACUCUUGCACGCAAACAAACACACACACACACAUACAGAACAUUUCAAAAGACAUCCACGUGUUUGAAAUCAACAGGAGACAGAGACAAUGGCGUCAUCCAGCAUUCUCCAGCAGCAUCUUUUCAUGUUCCUGUCUUGGACUGCUCAUUAUUGUGCCGCUUUAUAAAAAGGGAUAGUUGCACACACUAGCUACUAUUGACCUGAAAGUAACUGAUUCUCUGCAACGCAAAACCCGUUCUAUGAAUUUUCUCCCCCUUGUCUCAAUUGUGGUAUGGCCUCUGUUUUUUUUGCAGUGUUUGUCUGAUAUUAUGCCAAUGGAUGGAAACCAAAAAGACGCUAAUGUAGGCUACUAGAGCACACCCAAAUUGGAAUGAGAUUACAAUACCAGUAGGGUUUUGUGUAUUUUGAUGAGUUGUUUACUGUUGAGUACAAUUGAUAAGGAUGAAAAAGCAGAGAGGAUGAGGAGAUGAAAGGUUACUGUAGCCUAAACAUGCAUGUUGAUGUGGCCGCAUCCUGGCUGUACAUGCUGUAUUAUAGUGUAGCAGUGUAUUAUUAUUUUUUUUCAUUUUGCUAUCCUACUAUUAUGUGCACAGAAUGCCAAAAAUGCUAUUAAAACUACCACACCUGCCCUGACAUUUCUCUAUUGCUAGAUACAGUGUACUAGUGGUCUGCUAUUAGUUGCAGUGCAUCUCUUCAGUCUGAGACACAUUAUCAGUCUCAAAUGUAAAAAUAUCUUAAAACGUGCAUAUUUAAAAUAAAUAAUACUUUGUGAGAAGAUUUCAUUGUAUCACUAAGUUAUAAAAAGAAAAAAAUGUAUUUAAUGCAUCAUGUAUUUAUUUUGAUGAUGGUGGAGUUUAUGCCAUCUGUACAUAUAGAAAUUACAUAUAUUGAUAUUUAUGUUGUGCUUUGGUUUGGCAAUGUACACAGCUAAAUGACUGAAAAGCAACUUUAAUAAAAAUGAAAGAUAA